AUGCACGAACCGGGGCUAUCCGAGCCCCCGGACGGCCUUAUCGGAGGUUAUAAGGGUGGCAACCUGACCGUCCGCAUUCUCAUGAUCGUCUUUUCGUCCAUCGCACUGUACAAUGCCAUCGAACUGUUUAUACUCCUCUUCCUCACCUUCCAGCACUACCGCGGCCUCUACUUUUGGACACUCCUCCUUUCCGUCGUGGCAGGCGUCAUCCCCCACACAGUCGCCUACAUCCUCGAAUUCUUCUCCCUCGCGCCGCUAUGGCUGGCCCUCACCCUAUCCACCAUCGGGUUCUAUGUCAUGGUCCCAGGCCAGUCCGUGGUAUUAUACUCCCGUCUGCAUCUUGUGGUCCAAAGCCAUCGCAUUCUACGCUUCGUGCUGUGGCUCAUGAUCGUCGACGCAAUCCUCCUCCUCAUCCCCACGACCGUCCUCACCUUCUCCACAGCCUAUAUCCAAACCACCCCGUUCAUCCGCGGAUACAAUGUCAUGGAGCGCCUGCAGUUGGCCUGGUUCUGCGCGCAGGAAUUCGUUAUUUCGGGCAUCUACAUCUACGAGACAGUCAAACUGCUCUCACUAAUGCCAGAGAAGGACCGAAGGCGGUCAAAAAUCAUGUACGAGUUGCUAGCCAUCAACUUUGUCAUCAUCAUGCUCGACGUCGCGCUGUUGGUCGUCGAGUACAUCGGGUACUACUCCCUCCAAACAACACUCAAGCCAAUGGUCUACAGCAUAAAGCUGAAGCUCGAAUUCGGCGUAUUGGGCAAACUCGUUUCCCUGGUGCAGACUCAACGCUCUCAGCCAACCUCCACAGAACAUGAAGAGUACCCCGGCUUCGUGGAUCCUUCACAGCUUACUUCGGACGUCACGCGUGUUGCGCCGCCUAACCGCGCGCGAGAGUGGAACAAUAUCUCCAUGGAGAGUCUUGCGACGUCGGAACGGAGGAUACGGCCUUCUACGAGAGACACGGAUAGUCCCCAUUUAUCAUGA